AUGACACAAAACAAUUCUGAAGGAUCAUUUGAGGAUGUUAUUGGUGAUGUUUACAAUCUCCUUGUCAAGGCCGAUGUCGAUACCCCCAUUUUGAAUAUAUCUAUACCCAAAAAGUUUAAAGAAACAGAUCCUCUCAGGAUUUUAGAAUCAUUUAAUCAAAAAUUCCCAGGUCCUUAUGAUGGUACCACAAUCAAUGAUAAUUUCCAAGGUGGCAAAUAUAAAGAAUUCUACCAAUUAUAUCACGAUAUCAAAAUAGCUUCUUCUAUAAAGAUCAAAGAUUUAAAGAUGGGAAGUGAUGAAUAUAAUAAUGUUGAUUUCUUCUAUAAAUUCGCUAGUGAAUUGAUACUUAGAGAAAGUGGAUUAUUGAAAGCAAGUCUUUUGAACCUCAAAAAAGAUGAAAAAUAUUCAGAAUUGGAACAACAAAUAGCACAAGAUUUUGAAUCUAUUUCAUAUUCGUAUACCUCGUCAAAUGGUGAAGUUAUUACUGAUAUCACUGAAAUAGAUAAUCCCAAUGCAUCAGCAUUCCAAAACUCACAUCAAUAUGGAUUAUCAGUAUCAAACCAACCAUCAAAGAUCAAAAUACCUUUAUUUACCUCAUCCAUUAAGAAGUCUGAAUUAGAUACUAAAUUAACUAUAGUUCCUGGAGAAUUAGGAUUAUCAAAGACCAUUCCAUUAUUAAAAGAUUCAGGAUCAACAGGAUCAACUUUUGAAAGUGUCAAUUUUCAAACCAGUAAAAUAUCAUUACCAACUUCCAAACCUACUACUAUUUUAGAAGGAUUUCAUGUUUUGAAUUGGUUACCUGUUGGUACACCUGAAUGGUUGGAUUAUAAAAGUAAAACUUUGCAACCUCCAGUGGAUUCUAAAUUGGUGUCCGAUCAAGACGAAGAUUUAAGAUUGAUAUCAUCAACUAAUGAGAAUGUUAAAUCAUUUGCUCCAACUUUUGAUUCCAAAGGAUUUGGAAUUCCAAAUGAUUUAAAAGCCAGUGUUUGGUUAAGUAGAGUUGGAGUUCAUAAGAUUGAUGAAUUAAGAAAACAAUAUUUCCAAAGUGUUGGUAUUGAAGUCAAUCCAAUCUCAUCAAAGAAUGAUGAACCUAAACCUGUUGAAAAUACCACAUCCGAAGAUUCAAUUGUUAAUGGUACUAAAUAUGUCACAUCUGAAGAAUUAACUGAUUAUGAUCAAACUCAAUUAAUUCCAAUUAAAAAUUUAUUGGAAUGGGAUCAACAAGAAAUUGAUACUUUGGAAUCAUUGAAGAAAGAUAAAUCAUCCAUUGAAUCAUCAAAAUCUUUACAAAAAUUGAUAACGAAAGAGUUAUUGAAAUUAAACAAAUUACGUCAACAAAGAUAUGCCAAUAGUACUCCUAAUAAUAUCUUGGCACCUGAUAAUACUGAAAAGAUCUUAUACAACAAGAUAACCAAAUUAAUUUCAUUGACCAUCAACUUAUAUAAAGUUUCCCCCAAUAAUUUACCCCUCGAAUUCAGUAAGAAGGUUCCAGUUUUAAUGUCAGAAUAUUCAGGUACUUUACCAGGUAUUGUUACCAGUAAAGCUAAGCAAAAUAGAUUACCAAACUUGAGAGGAUCGUUCAAGAAGAAACGUUAG